UUCCACCGGCAUCAUUUGCGCCUUACAGGGAGAAGGUUGGUGAAGUAUCACCAACGGCUGCGUAUAAUUUUUACAUUUCAUGUAUUAAAAAAUUAGACCGUUAGAUUUCCAUCUGAACGGGGUGCAGCUUCGAUGAAAUUUUGCCUUAUAUUCCGACUGAAUCAGACCCGAAAGCGAUCCAUCUUCUGAGGAGACCCGACUGACUGCGCCAAGAUGGGGUAUGGACGGUCGGACAGCUACCGCGUGGCCACCACGCAGGACAAGGAUGAGAAGGAGUCGCCCAAGAAGAAGGGAGGCAAAGAUCUGGAUGACCUCAAGAAGGAAGUUCCCAUAACUGAACACAAAAUGUCAGUUGAGGAGGUUUGCAGGAAGUACAGCACUGAUAUCGUCCAGGGUUUGACCAAUGCCAAGGCAGCAGAGUACCUGGCCAGGGAUGGCCCCAACGCCCUGACUCCACCCCCCACCACCCCAGAGUGGGUGAAGUUCUGUCGCCAGCUGUUCGGUGGCUUCUCCAUCCUGCUGUGGAUCGGUGCCAUCCUCUGCUUCCUGGCCUACGCCAUCCAGGCUGCCACAGAGGACGAGCCCGCUGGGGAUAACUUGUAUCUGGGUAUCGUGCUGUCAGCGGUCGUCAUCAUCACUGGCUGCUUCUCCUACUUCCAGGAGGCUAAGAGCUCCAAGAUCAUGGAAUCCUUUAAGAACAUGGUCCCUCAGCAAGCCCUGGUGAUCCGUGAGGGAGAGAAGAUGCAGAUCAAUGCUGAGCAGGUGGUGGCAGGAGACCUGGUGGAGGUGAAAGGAGGAGACAGGAUCCCUGCUGACCUCCGUAUCAUCUCCUCCCACGGCUGCAAGGUGGACAACUCAUCCCUGACUGGUGAAUCAGAGCCCCAGACCAGGUCACCUGACUGUACCCAUGACAACCCACUGGAAACCCGCAACAUCGCCUUCUUCUCCACCAACUGUGUCGAGGGAACGGCGCGUGGCAUCGUUGUGUGCACUGGCGACCGUACAGUGAUGGGCCGCAUCGCUACUCUCACCUCAGGCCUGGAGACUGGCAAGACACCGAUUGCUAAGGAGAUCGAGCACUUCAUCCACAUCAUCACAGGCGUGGCCGUCUUCCUUGGCGUGACCUUCUUUGUCCUGUCACUCAUCCUGGGUUACAGCUGGCUGGAGGCUGUCAUCUUCCUCAUCGGUAUCAUUGUUGCCAAUGUUCCCGAGGGACUGCUGGCCACAGUCACUGUGUGUCUGACGCUGACUGCUAAGCGAAUGGCUCGUAAGAACUGCCUGGUAAAGAACUUGGAGGCUGUGGAAACACUGGGCUCCACCUCCACCAUCUGCUCCGACAAGACGGGCACCCUGACCCAGAACAGGAUGACCGUGGCCCACAUGUGGUUCGACAACCAGAUCCACGAGGCUGAUACCACUGAGGACCAGUCUGGCUCCUCUUUUGACAAAAGCUCUACGACAUGGGUGUCCUUGGCACGCAUUGCUGCUCUCUGCAACCGUGCUGUGUUUAAGGCUGGCCAGGAAUCUUUGCCCAUCCUGAAGCGUGAGGUGGCCGGCGACGCCUCUGAGUCAGCCCUACUGAAGUGUAUCGAGCUGUCCUGUGGCUCCGUCAAAGCCAUGAGGGACAAGAACAAGAAGGUGGCUGAGAUCCCCUUCAACUCCACCAACAAAUACCAGCUCUCAAUUCAUGAGAGUGAAGAUGAAAAUGACAACCGCUACCUGCUGGUGAUGAAGGGGGCCCCAGAGAGGAUCCUCGACCGCUGCUCCACCAUCAUGAUGCAGGGCAAGGAGCAACCAAUGGACGACGAGAUGAAAGAGGCCUUCCAGAAUGCUUAUCUGGAACUGGGAGGACUGGGGGAGAGAGUACUGGGUUUCUGCCACGUGUUCCUGCCGGAGGACAAGUAUCCCAAAGGUUUUGCCUUUGACACAGAUGACGUCAACUUCCAGACAGACAACCUCUGCUUUGUAGGUCUCAUGUCCAUGAUUGACCCUCCCCGUGCUGCCGUGCCUGACGCCGUGGGCAAAUGCCGCUCUGCGGGCAUCAAGGUUAUUAUGGUAACUGGUGACCACCCAAUCACAGCCAAGGCCAUCGCUAAAGGUGUGGGCAUCAUCUCUGAGGGUAACGAGACAGUGGAAGACAUUGCUGCGCGCCUCAACAUCCCUGUCAGCCAGGUCAACCCCAGGGAUGCCAAGGCCUGUGUGAUCCACGGCACAGAUCUGAAAGACCUCUCUCAGGAUCAGAUGGACGAUAUUCUGAGGAACCACACAGAGAUCGUCUUCGCCAGAACCUCCCCACAGCAGAAACUUAUCAUUGUAGAAGGUUGCCAGAGACAGGGAGCCAUCGUGGCUGUGACAGGUGAUGGUGUGAAUGACUCUCCUGCCCUGAAGAAGGCUGACAUCGGCGUUGCCAUGGGAAUCUCUGGCUCAGACGUGUCCAAACAAGCUGCCGACAUGAUCCUGCUCGACGACAACUUUGCCUCCAUCGUCACUGGAGUAGAGGAAGGCCGUCUGAUCUUUGACAACCUGAAAAAGUCCAUUGCAUACACUCUGACCAGCAACAUCCCAGAGAUCACACCCUUCCUGUUCUUCAUCUUGGUCAACAUCCCACUGCCUCUGGGCACCAUCACCAUCCUCUGCAUCGACCUGGGAACUGACAUGGUCCCAGCCAUCUCUCUGGCUUAUGAAGCAGCAGAGAGUGACAUCAUGAAGCGCCAGCCCAGGAACCCGCUGAGGGACAAACUGGUCAACGAGAGACUCAUCAGCAUUGCCUAUGGACAGAUUGGUAUGAUCCAAGCUCUUGGCGGCUUCUUCGCCUAUUUUGUCAUCAUGGCUGAAAAUGGUUUUCUGCCCUCUUUGCUUGUCGGGAUUCGGCUCAACUGGGACGAUCGCUCCACCAACGACCUGGAGGACAGCUACGGGCAGCAAUGGACCUACGAGCAGCGUAAGAUUGUGGAGUUUACUUGCCACACAGCCUUCUUUGUCAGUAUUGUGGUGGUGCAGUGGGCAGAUGUCAUCAUCUGCAAGACCAGGCGUAACUCUGUGUUCCAGCAGGGCAUGAAGAACAAGAUUUUGAUCUUUGGCCUGUUUGAGGAAACAGCUCUGGCUGCCUUCCUGUCCUACUGCCCGGGCAUGGACGUGGCACUGCGGAUGUACCCACUCAAGCCCAGUUGGUGGUUCUGUGCGUUCCCGUACAGUUUCCUCAUCUUUGUUUACGAUGAGAUCCGAAAACUCAUCCUGCGCCGAAACCCUGGAGGCUGGGUGGAAAAAGAGACUUACUAUUAAAUUAUCAAAGCAUCCUUUACUUCUCACCCCAUCCUCCUCCCCCGAACUCAUCCCCCCUUCUCUGUCUCCCUCUCGCUUUCCCCUUUCCCUUCAUCCAUCCCUCCUCUCCUGUCAACAAGAAAACUAUGUUUAUUUCUCCUCUCCAUCCUACCAUCCUCAUCCCCUACAGAAACAAAAAAUCAAACGCCAAGACGACGAGAGGACCAACGACAGUGGAGGAGAGGGUGGGGGAGGGAGGGGUGGCUUUGUUAGACUUCCCUGUCCUCUCUGUCCCUCUGUCUCCCUUUUUUCUAUCCAAAGUCUCUACAGCACUAGUCUGCCAGUAACACUGUUGUGCCGAUGCUUAUUACUGCGCUGUUAGCUGCAGCCACUCUUCAUAUGUGUGCGACUACACUGCCGUGUAGAAGUGAAUAAAGGAUGUAAUUACAAGAAUAAAGACAAA